GCUGCCAGUGAUGGCUUCAGAAAAAGAUGCCGGUCCUGCCUUACCCAAACUCGACGACGACAAUCAAACAGCAGAGAACACAUCCAAACCUGUUGAAGAGCAGCCUCAACAGGUCAGGUGUGACGACAUUCACUUGCCUCGGUUUUCACUAAAGCAAGGGAUGAUACCAACCCGUUACGUCAUGCCUUGGAAGGAAAACAUGAAAUUUAGGAACGUGAAUCUAAAGCAAGCAGAAGCCUGUGGGAUCUAUGCUGGUCCCCUGGAAGAUUCUCUGUUCUGGGGUUACAGCGAGCGGCUUUGCCACGGGGAAGAUCGGAAAGCCGUCCUGAAGAAAGGCCUGCCGGAGAUAAAGAUUGCCGACAUGCCUUUGCAUUCGCCUCUCUCCAGAUACCAGAGCACAGUGAUCUCCCACGGCUUCCGGAGGCGACUGAUCUGAUAUGCGGAUCUCGGAAGUCGCUGUCAUUCGGUAGUGGUGUGCUUGCCUAACACGCGAGACCCUCAGGGUUUGAACCCCACUACUACAAAAACCAAUAAGAUAAAGUA